GGCAGCUGUCAAAUGAAUGCAUUUCCCUCUUCUAUUAUCCUGCUGUCCAAAUGCUCCAUCUAUUCAUAUUCAUGGUUUCCAUCACUGUGCAUAGCACCAAGGCCAGCUUCCUUUUCACAUUUCAUCUUCUUGUCUUUCUUGGAGUUUCAUUUUGAUUUACUAAAAAUCAGUGGAACUGCUUCUAAACAAGGAUCAGCUAGUAGAAACUGGAGCUAGUUGGUAGAGAAUCUACUGGGAGGAAUUUAUUUACAUACAAGAAGUUAAAACCAAAUAUAUGUGGACUUUUUCUGCCAUUCUUACUGCUGGAAAUACAACUCUUCAGAUGACCACUUUUGUAUCCUGCCUAUUCGCCUCAGGAAAUGAUUUUGGCCCAUGGAUCACUGGAUAUGCCAGGCCAGGCAUGUCAGACUCCCUGGCUCAGGGAGUUCUUAAACCCUGGAGAGCAGCAGAGUCCACACAUCCACUGGAAAGAACAUGAGGUUCCCUUGGAAAUCAUUCAAGAGGAAGAUGGAAGGGGCUGUUUAGAAGAGCUUAAAAGCUACAGGCUGUAAGACUGGGGCCUGAGUGCUGGCAGUGGAAAACACUGUUGGGCUGUGAUCUCUCCCUGAAAAGUUCCAGGUGCCUUUUUGCUUCCUGCAAAAGAAAGGAAGCGAAAGAGAAGACCAUGUCCAUAGCCCUGAAGCAGGUAUUCAACAAGGACAAGACCUUCCGGCCCAAGAGGAAAUUUGAACCUGGCACACAGAGGUUUGAGCUGCACAAACGGGCUCAGGCAUCCCUCAACUCGGGUGUGGACCUGAAGGCGGCUGUGCAGUUGCCCAGUGGGGAGGACCAGAAUGACUGGGUGGCAGUACAUGUGGUGGACUUCUUCAAUCGGAUCAACCUCAUCUAUGGCACCAUCUGUGAGUUCUGCACCGAGCGGACCUGUCCUGUGAUGUCAGGGGGCCCCAAAUAUGAGUAUCGGUGGCAGGAUGAUCUCAAGUAUAAGAAGCCAACAGCGCUGCCAGCUCCCCAGUACAUGAACCUUCUUAUGGAUUGGAUUGAGGUUCAGAUCAACAACGAGGAAAUAUUUCCAACAUGCGUGGGUGUUCCCUUCCCAAAGAACUUCCUUCAGAUCUGCAAGAAGAUCCUGUGCCGCCUUUUCCGGGUCUUUGUCCACGUCUAUAUCCACCACUUCGACCGGGUCAUUGUGAUGGGUGCAGAGGCCCAUGUCAACACCUGCUACAAACACUUCUAUUACUUUGUCACAGAGAUGAACCUCAUAGACCGCAAGGAGCUAGAGCCUUUGCCCCUGAAAGCACACCUGCCCUUGCCUUGGGAUUCUUUCGACAACAGUAUCACCAUGCCUCUCAUAGCGCCACGACACUAGAAGAAACCUCACUGAUUGCUGUCCCUGUCUACAGUCCAAGAGGAUUUCAAAUGGGCCCACACGGUAUAGCUGAGAACCCGAAUCCCUUGCUGAUGCCAGCUCAUUUUCUUUGGUCUCAUCCUCAUCACUCCUCCAAGAAAACUACCCAGUCCAGAGGGACUUGCUUUUGCUAUAAGUGGGUUAGAUCUUGAGAUAAGGAAAUAGCAAAAUGUUGGUGUAACAUUGAGUGUGGAAAUGUGGCCUGAGGGAAGUGAGUGCUGGCAGGAGCUGAGGACCCUGUUGGGAGGGGGCCAUGAAACCUUGGCAUAGACCUCACCAGCACAGCUGUUUGGAAUGGAGGCAGGAAGGGCAGGGGAAAGCCAUGAGAGAGGGAAUUUUCAAGAUGGUCAGUGUUCUCAAUCCACAGCCAUCACAGAAGAAACUAAUGAAAUAUGGGUACAAUCUGGAGAUUUUUAAGUCUCUAAGAAGUGGAAUUUGUGAGACAAAAGGCUUCCAGAAAGCCCUCUUUCUGACCUGGCCUCUACCCCUAGAGGGCCUUAGCCUUGCUGUGGGGAAUGAAACUCUUCCCGGUUGUAGGGUUUUGGUGCUGUCCACCCCCAGCCCAGCCAGAAAUGUGGCUUCUGUACUUCUGCUGCAGUUCAAGCCACUUUUCCAGGUAUGUCCCAUCUGAGUGGAGAUGGGGCUGAUGGCAGGCCACAGGGCCAAGCUCAGGCAUGGGGCCGGUAGCUGGGACUGAGGCUGCACUGCUGAUUAAUGGGCAGGGAGGCAGCUUGUGAAACGAACAACACCCUUUGACGGCCUUUUCCGGGGGACUCGCAGCUUUCCUCGUGUCUUUUCAGCAAUAUCACAUUUGAUUUUACCUUUAAAAUGUAUUGAUGAAGCUGCAUUAUUGGAAAAGGUGCUGGGGGAGAUGAAUCUCUCCUACUUUCUGUUCUAUUUCCAUUACUUCAGGGAUGUGUGCGCAUGUGUAUACAUGUGCACGGGCGUGCUGUAUUAGAGAGCCCAAUUUCCUUUAUAUACAUGAACUCCUCCCCCUAGUAGCCACCAUUAAACAUCCAAAGGCUUUAAAAUGGGCAGUGAGAAGUACACAACAUAAUGUCAGAUGUGGCCCUGAGAGAGGCGUACUGCUCACUGCCCUGCUUUAAGCCAUUGGCUGUUUAAUGGUGGUUACUAGGGGCAGGAGUUCACGUAUAUAACAGUCAUUUUUCCAAAGUUUCCAGCACCAAGGGUUCUCCUGCUCCUUGCCACACUGCGGAGCCUUCUACAUCUCUUCACACUGCUUUUCUUCCUUGAUUAUUUUUUGUUUCAAAUAUUUCUUCUUCCCCCUUUCUCCUGGUGUCUCAGAGUUAGCAGGAAGCUGGUAAUUAAAAGAAGGCAUGGGUUUUGAAAUGCUGCUAUGGUAACUCUUCCCCCUCCUUAUACGUUUCACAACAGAAACAAAAAGACUCACUCCUUUUCUUUUGCUCCUCCCUGCAACAGAGUAAUGAAAGCAGAGUGUUGUUUGCUUGUUUUUGUUUUUGAGUCCACUAAAUCAUUAUUGUUACACUGACUAGCUGGGUGAACUUGGGCAAGUUAGUUCAAAUUUCUGGGCCUCCUUUUCCUCAUCUGUAAAUUAGAAAAAGUAAUGCCUAGUUCAUAGAGUUGUGAGAAAGUGCGCAAGGUAAGUCUAAGUGCCUUCCCCAUCGUAGGUAUGAAAUGCGUGUUUCCUUCCACCUCUCAUUUUACUUGGGUCUGUAGACCUAAUAAGUGUUCCUUUUCAUUGGAUUUCAGUUUAAUUUAAUAUGUUUUAAGCACCUAGUAUGUGCCAGGUCUUGAGCACCAGGGUCUACACAAAUACCAGAUAGGUUUUCUCUCUUCAAGAGCAGCCUGGUGCUGAAACCAGGAAUGUGAUAAACGGUCGCACAACAGUGUGAAAGGUGUCAUGGGCACUGAGGGAAUCUGGAAGAGGAGCACCUAGGAUUCCUUGGGGACAGGGUGGGAGGGUAGAAGAAUGUGUCCCUAAGGAGAUGACAACUGGUCAAGAGCGUUAAAGGGUGUUGGCGAUGGGAGAAGGGUGUUCUGGGAAGAGAGGAGCAUGUGUAUGGAAAUCGUUGUGUGUUCCAUGGGAGAGAAGGAGCGUCGGCCACCGAUGGGGGAUGAGGUUGAGUGCCUGAGAAGAGUCUAGAUCAGGAACAGCAUCGUAUGUUACGGUGGAGACUUGGUUUGAAAACUAUUGAAAGCCAUUAAUGGAGUUUAGGAGCACCAUAAGAUGAUACAGAUUUUACCUGCAGCACAUCAAGCCAGCUCUAAGAAAUCCUGUGUACACAAAUUGCCUCUUUCGAAUCAAUGUGAAGUCAGAGAGCCCACAGGCCAGCAGUCCAGUUCUGCCACUAAUUAGUUUUGCCGCAUUAGGGAAGUCACUUACUCUCCGAUGGUCUGAGUUGCCACAUCUCCGAAAUUAAAGUGUUGGAGUAGGUGACACCCAUGUUUCCUCCCAGCUAUAACAGCAGCCUAUGACUCUGUGAUGAUGUCACUGCUUUUUGGUGCUUGUUUCAUAAUUCCUAGAGUAAACUUAUUAAAACUGCUGUGCAAGCAUGAUGACUGACCCCUAGUAAACAUCAAGUGUUCUUCUUUAUAUGUUCCAUAUGAAAAUUAGCUUCUUGGGCCAGGCGCAGUGGCUCAUGCCCAUAAUCCCAGCACUUUGGGAGGCCGAGGCAGGCGGAUCACGAGGUCAGGAGAUCGAGACCGUCCUGGCUAACUGCUAAAAAUACAAAAAAUUAUCUGGGCGUGGUGGUGGGUGCCUGUAGUCCCAGCUACUCGGGAGGCUGAGGCAGGAGAAUGGCGUGACCCCAGGAGGUGGAGCUUGCAGUGAGCCGAGAUCGCGCCACUGCACUCCAGCCUGGGGGGACAAAGCGAGACUCCAUCUCAAAAAAAAAAAAAAGAAUAUUAGAUUACUAAAAUGUGUGAUGAUGUAGUGCAGUAAACUGAGAGCGUCGAUUUCUUUGUAGUCUUGCCUAAGUCGGAGAGUAUUUGUGUGACUUGGAAUAAGUCAUUUUACUUCUCUGGAUCAUUAUUCCCUACCCUCCACUGACUACCAGUUAUAAAAAUGGGUACACUGAGGUUAGACUAAGAUUUGACUCUUAGAGUUCACGGAAGUUUGUUCAAUGGCUAUCAAAAACUUCUUCCAACUGCUAACAAGUACAUAAAGAAGAUUUAAAUUUAAAAAGUGUUUAGAUCAGAACAGAAAAACUUGAGUAUCUUAUGUAAAACACAGGCUGAUUUCAUCCACCCCCACCGUCCCCACAAAAACUAGGCAAAUGUCAUUUUAAUUUCAUUUCUAAAGUGAAAUAUGAUUUCAGUUUGGAGUCUCUGUCUACUUUCCUUUUUGUUUUUUAAAUAACCGGUCUUGUUUUCUUAGAAAAAAAUUCAUGCAUAUCAAAAAUACCUAAAACUUCAGACUCUGCAAAGGACAAAAAAAUUAGAAAUAGAAAACAUACACAAUUGUAUUCACCCAAAGAUAAAUUUAUCAUGUUGGACCCAUAUUUUUGUUUAUAUUUUUUCUCAAAAUAACUGGAUCAAACCAUACAUCCUGUUAUACAAUUUGAAUAAAAUAUGCAUCAUACAUUAAUAUACUAAAAAAUAUUAAUGUUCUUCUCAGAUUCAGGCAAAAAUGAAAUGAUGAAUUCCAAUGUGAUAGAAUGCAAAUGUGUGCAAAGUGAUGGAGAUACCCAAGAAAGGAGCUGACAAUUGCAUCUUAAAGGAUGUCAAAAUUUGCCAGGCAGAGAAGGGCAGAAAAUAUUUACCAGAUAUAAGAAAGAAACCACUAGAAACUGGCCAGUUGGAGACCUGGAGAAGUCUAGUUUGCCUGGCUGGUGUGUUGAGUGGGAGGGAAUUCAGCAGGAGGUGAGCAGGGGGCGAUGGGUCCUCUGUCUUUGACAGGCUUCAGAGGAUGGAAUUUGUUUUGUUGACAGUGGAGAACCAGGGACUUCAUAGAAUCAAUUACUGCUUUAUUUUAAAACAAAUGAAACCGAGUGACCACAACCAAGAUUCUACUUUGAUCUUCUGUUAAAAACACAUUUUGAAAAAUUCAGGUGUUUUUGAAAAUCUUCAUAUACAAGCCAAGCACAGUCACCAGGAACUUUCUCAGAAGCUUCUCAUCACCUCAGCGGAAGCCUUUUAAUACACGUUUUGGAGUUCUUUAGUGGCCUGCCUUAAUACACAGGGCAUUCAGUAACUCCAGCAAUGGCAAAUUCAUUGUAAAGAGCACCCUGGGUAGAAGCUAUUUUGGCCACACUCUCAGAGAGGAAGGAAUGUGUUUGGCCCUGCUAGCCUGCGGGAGGGCUCUGAUGAAGAAAGCGAUGGAACCUAGCAUUGCCAUUUGUUUAUUUAAACGAGUUUUUUUUUUUAACAGCUCAUUGGCUCUACCCAGUGGGCAAGUGCUAGAAUACAGCUUGCAGAGUCUUGCAGAGCUUUGAAGGAUGGAUCCAACUCAAGUGUCUUUCCUGAAGUUUCUGAUCUGCUAUUUCACCCAUACAUUCCCUUUAUGAAUUUAAGAGGCAUCUCAGUAAACAGUUUUUAUCCUGCAUCUCAGUGACCUUGAAUAAGUACCCUGUCCUCUGUGAAACUGUUACUCUACUGCUUAAAAAAAAACUCUGCCGUAUUUCUAGUGUCCAUAGUCUCUCAGUGGCAUAAUUGUUCUAGUAUUUGCCCAUUGUACCUAUAAUUCAAACUGGGAUCAGUCUGGAUAAAGAAAAAGUCUGGCAUUUUGAAAAUUCAUGAAUGACUGCAACUACCUAUAAUUAUAUAUGUCAAUUAAUAUAUGCCAGUAUUAUCCGAUUGCAUAUUCAUAAGAAUAUCUUAGAGGCUUUAAAUUACAAUCACAUGGUGUAGUAGAAAGAGCAAGCCUUUGCAGUCAGAUAGACCUGAGUUUAAACCGUAGGCCUGCAGCUUUCUAUGUGACCUGGUAAGGUACUCUCCUUCCCUGAGCGUUUUUCCUCAUCAAUACAGUAGAGAUGGCAAAUCUUACUUCACAAAGUAUAAUAUCUGUAUAGCAGUAGACACUGGGAUUGGCAAACAGCAGGCCUCUGUUUAAUAAAAGCAGCGGUUACUGUUGAGCAUUCUGUACCUUACCCAUUUACCUUGAGCAAAUAGCUUCUGCUCUGAAACUGGGAUUCUUCCUCUGUCCAAUGGGGGUCAUAGUUCCCUGUCUUAGAGUUAUACAGAUGCAAUGGUAUAACCACCCCAAAGCACCUGGCAUCUUAUAGGUAUUUAAGUGUAGCUAGCUUCUUUCUUUCCAAAAGUACAGACUUAUUGCAAAUAAUUAAGUUAUAAAGCUAAAAUUCUGUUUAUCCCAUGAACACACUCUCUCUCCCUACUUCUCUUUCUGUCUCUCUCUUUUCUCUCUCUCAAACACACACACACAUGCUCUUGUUGUAUUCCCAUCUUGUUUUCCUUGUCUGUGUCAUCAAGAGUUAAGCCAAAAGCUGGGUGCAGUGGUUCACGCCUGUAAUCCCAGCACUUUGGGAGGCCAAGAUGGGUAAUGCUUGAGCUCAGGAGUCUGAGACCAACCAGGGCAACAUGGUGAAAUCCUGUCUAUACAACAAACUUAAAAACUAGCCGGGUGUGGUGUUGUGUGCCUAUAGUCCCAGCUACUCAGGAGUCUGAAGUGGGUGGAUAGCUUGAGCCCGAGUGGUUGAGGCUGCAGUGAGCUGUUGCCACUGCACUCCAGCCUGGGCAACAGCAAGACCCUGUCGAAAAAAUUAAAAAUUGAAAAAAUUUUAAAAAUUAGAUAUACACAUAGAUUUGUAACUUCCUGUAUUUAAUAAUUAUAGAGAUGCAAAAGUGCCUAGAUUCUGCCUUGUCUAUUGUUAUUUCUUUAACCAGCACAUCUGUAUGGUUUUCGAAUAGAACGCUUCUCUGAACACCUGGGCACUCCCACACUCAGGCUCCUUUUUCUCGAUGUUUCCUAUUAUAUAAGGUGUGGCAGUCCAGGUCAGUAUGCAAGAGAUGUAGUAGCUGCAGUCAGCUCUGCAGCAGGUAGAACUUGGAAGAUCAUUCAUCUAACUAAAGUGACAUGAAACUUGUCUUCUCAAGAUGCUAAAUGGCACAGGGCUCAUUACUAGCCUGCUCCUCAGACCAUCCUUGGAGAUGAAAGAGGAGCCACUACCCUGGCACAGUGCCAGGGGCAGGGGAUACAAAGAUGAAAGUACAUGGGGCGAUUCAAUGAGUGCUUCUUUUUCCUGGCACUUAGUAGCUCUCAGUCUAGCAGGGCCAACAGACAUGCCCAGAGCUCCAGUACACACACAGAGAGAGAGAUGUACAAAUUCAUACACUGCAUGUAAGAAUCAAUGUGUGCACAGGAGGAGAGAGUGACUUCCUCCACAGCGAGUGGGGCAGGAGUGCGGGAAGGUCUCCCAGCAGGUAGAAGUCACCUUACCUGAGGUGGAAAGAUGAAUGGCAAUUUGACAAAUGAAGAGGGGCAGGCGCAGGAUGUGGUAGCAGCGGACCAUAGGCAUGGGACUCAACCUGUGCGGAGCCCCAGGGGUAGAGAAAGGAUGGCUCAUUCGGGAUCUAUAAAUACCCACAAGAGCCAGGCAGGUGAUGCAUGUCAGACACUUUGGUGUAUUAUUCAUUUCUAUUUUUAAAAAUGUCCUCCUUCCUGCUUUUCUUGACUUAUACCCACUUUAUUUUUCCAUCUUUGAUUGAAACUUAAAUCUUUCCCUACUCGAAGAAAACUAGCAGUCCAAAUCCAAUUACUGUAUCAGUUCAUAAGUGCUACAUGGCUCCUGCUGGGAAGUCAGGUGGGAGUGGCAGGGACUGGGGCAAACUGGAGAGCAAAUUCUUCUGCUGAAGAGGACAGCCAUUCGUCAACUCCAGUUGUUCAGAAGCUCCAAAUCUUGCAAUUUCUCAGAAAAAGCAAGCAAGCAACCUGAAUUUUGAUACAUGAGUCAAAUUUUUAAACAGUGCCUUAAUGGAAAAAAAAAAAUUCUGCAGAACAAAUGGAACAUACCCUCAUGCUAAGCCUUAUUCAUGGACCGUGCUUGCAAGCUUUCAUUUACAGGCUCUCGAGAUUCCAAGAGCAUUUUCAGGAUCCUUCAUCAAAUCGUCGCUCUGCUUAUAGUUUCUCCUAACCAUCCUUUUCCCC